AUGGCUGGGCCUAUCGGGUCCCUGAGAGAGAGCUUUUUGGUCAGGAGCAAAGAGAGACUUCUCCCGCAGAAGAAUUGUUCCGACCUGGGCUCAGAUGAUUCAUAUAUCGUAGUAUACGAGGGCUGCCUCCGUCGGAUUUUCCGAAUCGCCGGGGAGACGGUUUCGAGGUGGUGGCGAGAUUUGAAGGUAACGGCGGUCAGUGCCUACGAGAUGGGGAGAUCGGACCCGAGAAAAGUGGUGUUUGCGGCUAAAAUGGGGACUGCUCUGUCUCUGGUCUCGGUAUUGAUUUUUUUCAAGGAGCCCACGACUUACAUCACCAAGCACUCCAUAUGGGCUAUUCUCACCGUGGUAGUCGUCUUCGAGUUCAGCAUAGGUGCCACGCUAAGCAAAGGGUGUAAUCGAGCGUUGGGAACCUUUUCUGCCGGAGCACUAGCUUUGGGAAUUGCUGAAUGUUCAAAAGUUGCUGGAGAGCUGCAAGAAAUCGUGGUCGUGAUCAGCAUUUUCAUUGCAGGUUUCUUGGCUAGUUACUUGAAGUUGCACCCAGCCAUGAAGCAGUACGAGUAUGGAUUUCGGGUGUUUUUGCUGACAUUUUGUAUCGUGCUGGUAUCUGGAGCCUCCGAUUUCGUUCAAACGGCAAUUUCUAGAUUGGUGCUAAUUGCGGUGGGUGCUGGUGUUUGUUUGCUCAUGAAUGUAUGUAUCUUCCCUAUUUGGGCUGGCGAGGAUUUGCAUAAGCUGGUUGUCAAGAAUUUUAAAGGGGUUGCCACAUCUUUGGAAGGUUGUAUCAGUAUGUACUUGUCGAGCACGGAGUACACCAGGAUACCAUCAAAAAUUCUUAUCUACCAGGCUUCAGAUGACCCCCUUUAUAAGGGAUAUAGAGCUGCAGUGGAAGCCUCUAGCCAAGAGGAGACGUUGUUGGGUUUUGCUGUAUGGGAACCACCUCAUGGCCGUUACAAAAUGUUCAAUUAUCCAUGGGGUGAGUAUGUUAAAGUCAGUGGAGCCUUGAGGCAUUGUGCUUUCAUGAUCAUGGCUAUGCAUGGGAGUAUACUUUCAGAAAUUCAGGCGUCACCUGAACUAAGGCAGGUAUUCAAGAAUGAAAUCCAAAGAGUGGGCACUGAGGGGGCCAAAAUCCUGCGCCUGCUUGGCGAAAAAGUUGAGAAAAUGGAAAAACUGAACACAGGCGACAUCCUUCUCGAUGUACACGAUGCGGCCGAGAAUCUUCAGCUGGUGAUUGACCAAAAAUCGUACCUUCUGGUCAAUGCCGAGAGCUGGGGGCAUAAUGGGCUUCGGUCUGAACCUUUUGUGGAGCCCGAACAACUUCACGACUUUGGGGAUGGUGAUAGCAGGAGGCCGCCGCACCUGAUAAAAUCGCUCAGUGAGUCUAAUGAGCAGCAGCAGCCGAAACAGACCUUUCGUAAUUUUUCGCAAAAGACCAACAGGAGCACAAGCCUCUCUCUCUCCAGGUGGGGGGACUCUGUUUCUGGUGUGGACUUGUUCAGACAGCAGACCAUGUGGCCCUCACGCCUGUCCUUUAUUGGGGACGCCAUUCUUAAUGAACGUGAGGUGAGGACUUACGAGAGCGCCAGUGCUUUGUCCCUAGCGACUUUUACUUCAUUGUUGAUUGAGUUUGUGGCUAGGCUUCAGAAUCUAGUUGACUCGUUUGAGGAGAUGAGUAAGAAGGCUAGGUUCUUGGAGCCUAUCGAUUCGGGCGAUAUACGGACUGAUGCGGGCUUCUUUGGCCGGCUGCUAAAAUGCGUCUGGCGCAGGGACUGA